UGAUUAACAAGUGGUUUAAGUGUGUGCUGAGUGGACUCAAUAAUUAUUAAAAUAUAUAAACUCGCAUUGGUCGUUGUGUCCAAUCACUGUUAAUACGUUUCCGCCACGUAUUAUCAUUCUUAUUUUCAUUCUCAGGUUGAACCAAACUUGAAAAACUAAAAAAAUGAAAAUGAACAAGUUAUCAUUUUUAUUAUUAUCAUUACUAAUAAUAAAUAAUCAGCAUGAAGUACAGGGUUUAAGUUUCGCCAGUAUAUUCGAUAUCGGUUCAAUAAUAAGUGAUGUCGUUGGUAUAGUUUGUGACGUUGCAAAUAUGUUUAUAGAGCAAGAAAUGGCACCUGAUCAUUCACGUGAUUAUGAAAAAUUCCACAGCGAACUUAAGGAGGAAUUCCAAGUAGAAGUUGACGUAAAAUCAGAGUUCACCGAAUCUGACUUGAAUAUGUUGGAAUUAGAGCUUAGCACACAAAGAGUAUCAGUUGAUUUCAAUUCAUAUGGCAGAGAAGCAUCUGAACAGGAUAAGCAAAUAGCAAAACUGAUUACUAACUUCGACACUGUCAUAAGACAAGUUGACAUAUUAGCUUUCACUGUUCACGAUGAGCUGAAAAGCCGAUUGAAAAAAGCCGCUAAAAAAAUUGAUAAUAAUUUUAAAUUAAACAGGGCAAUAGAUAGUUUGGUCCAGUAUACUAAUAGAAUAGACGAAUUAUAUAAGAAGCUUAUAAGUCAUUUUAACAACGAUGAGGUUCUCAAUUAUGAAUCAUUUCAAAGUUUAAGAAGAACUAUAACGUCAUUGAAAGUAGAGAAUCCUCUAGAUACUCUUGAUCAAAUGUGCAAUCUUUUUACACCUCAAAGAUCAUCUGAUGUGACCGACAGCAUUCUCACUUACUUUGUUAGAGAUAAAAAUAGUCUUACGUUUCAACAACGAUGUGACUUGACUUCCACAUACCAAGACCAGUUAAAAGUAAUAUACAAUAUGGUUAUGAUUACUGAACUACGUGCAUUCCUCAUGAUAACUGUUGCAUACAGGCAAAGUGAACUCGAACAGAGAAUGUAUUAUAAAAACGAAACUGAUGUCGCUGUUCAAAUGUUCAUGGAUAGAUCACGUAGAUAUUUAUCGGCUAUGAAAAAUGCCCUGGCAUCUAUACCGUCUGAAUUAAUGCGUUGUGAUCCGGCUAGACAUAUUAAAGACGAGACCAGUUUCGAAAUGACGCUUUUGUUUGGAAGUUAUUAUAUGAACGUCGCUCAGUUGGAUAACAAGUGUUCAGAUUCAUGUGGAAGUAUCGAUACUAAACGUCAACUUGAGUGUCUCAACUUUGAUCGUGAAAAGUCUAACAUUAAUGAUCAUGAUAAGUUCUCUACAACUCCUUCUUACUGUCCACGAUUCCAAUGUCAUGGAAGACUGCAUAAUUGUCGAACAAGCAAUAACAAUCACUUGUGUGAAGCGCGCAUUGAAAAGGAAAGUCGUUAUAAAUGGAUUAAAAGGAGUGUUAAUAACGACAUGAUACAAGAAUGCGAUGGUACUUACAUCAACACGUUUACUCAGAUGCCCUGCUCUAGUUGUAUCUGUCAAUGUUCUGAAGAAGGUGCUGAAUCUGUUGCAACACGGGCUAUUAGUUUUAUACCGCAGUUUUCUGAUGUCAAAAACAAUAUGGUCGUUACAAACGUUCGUUUCCAAAAAAAAGAUAACAUGAUGCACAUACAAAUUCAAGAGGGUAAACUUUUAUCAGAAGGUAGAGUGAACCGUAGCACUCUACGAUGGGUUAAACUAGAUGACUUAGAAUACAGAAAAAAUACUCCCGAGGGAUCAUUUGUCAAGCUGACAAAAGACGACGAAGUCCCUCUGGUUCUUAAGACUGAUUACACCUUUUUGAAUUACAAUGACAGAACUAUUUGGUUAGACGAUGUAAUAGUUGACAGAGGUUACGUCGUCACUGGUGUUAAAUUUAGUCAUAUAAGAUCAUCUGAGGCAAUAACUAUCGAGGUCUAUCCAACAAAAUUCGACUAUUUCACCGGUGAGUUAGUCGCAAACGAAAACUCUAAUGAAUGGAUAAAUCCUCUUCGGAUGUCCUUUAAUAACAAAGAAUAUUAUAAAAUUAGAUCGGAAAUAAAUCUAUCAAACUGCGAUGACCCCUUGAAAAAUUUGAAAAAUGAAGUAAUGUCAAAACCUAAUCAAUUGAUUAAAUUCCAAGUAGGUGAUUUCACAAAAACUUCUGGACAAAUAGUUAUUCCCUUUAUUGAUGCUCGUCCAGCUGGUAUAACGGGUCAUACGGCGCUAACUGGUGUUGGGAUAUUCCAUCGCGGGGCUAGAGGCUACGGAGGAUUUUUGGCUCCUAAACUUAUCGGGCUGGAUCAUUCGAAAUACUUGCAACAGGAAAUUUCGCAAGAUAAAAUUAAUUCAUACAAACCUUCUUAUCAGAGAGCAAGACAUAAUUCUUUUCAAUAAUGUUAAAUAAAUGAUAUUUAAAUUCUUAAAUAUAUAUGUAAGAUGUUUUUAUCUAUACGUUUUACUUAAUAAUUUAAAUAACAUUUGAAUUUAUCAAUAUUUAUAUGAUUUUAUAGUAUAAUGUUGAUUAUUGAUUGAUAAUAAAUAAAGAAUUCCACUAUUA